AUGAAGGUUUCAGCAGCAGAUGAGCUGAAACUGGCUCAAUUAGGUGAUGUUACAGAUUUGAAAGAGACAGUUAAUGAUGACACCAGUGAGUUGGAUAGGAAGCUGCCAGAAGGCCUUGGCUUAUUGGACGAAGAUGUUGAGUUCAAGAAGUUCGCUGCUGAAGGCUGGACUGGUUUGGCUGAAGAUGCCUAUGUCUUGAAAGAUUCCAAGGAUAAUAACAAUGCAGAGGAUGAUUUUUCUCAUCAGUUAAGAACUAAAGUUGGAAAAUUUGGAUACAAGAUUGAAACCUCGUAG